CACCAUUAUAACCGUUUUCUUGACAAUAAUAACCAUGGCUAUUUUGUAUAAUGCUCUCUGGUAUCAAAAACUAAACGAACAUACCCUGGAGCUUCGACAGGAUACAGUUACAGAGGCAGCCUUUCCAUCUGUCGCAAUGAUCGAACGUAACGAUUGGACCUCACAAGCACACCUUCUGCCUAAUUUUUCCAAAUGCUUUAUAGGCUGGUACAAAAACAGCGCCCCAUCUUGUGGAACUUCCGGAGGCCCUACCCUACCAUGCAACUGCAGUGAUGCCUGGACACAGGACGUUGUUGAAGACCUGGAAUGGCAGAAUACUAGUUACCGCUACCUAGAAUUCUCCGCACCCCCUUCACUGAUUAGCCAAUCCCCAACAACAAUAAUGAUCCUACAAAGCUUCUUCUGGUACAACUCAACUCAAGCAUUUUUCGACUCGUCUCAAAAUCUACAACCCAGUAUCUGGGUCGCCAUCUAUGACCGAAAGUUUACUCUUAAACAGGCUCUUGAGAAAGGCUACACACGGAUGAUCCUCAUAAAUGCGAACGGUAUGACGGCCAUAAACCUCGGCCUUGAGUACCGCCAAGCGCUCAACGAAGAGCCCGCUUACGACUAUUCGCUUUCUAUCUCGACCAUACCGGCUCAGGACUUGGUGUGCGAUGUAUCUUCAAGAAAACAAACGGCUUCCGGUCCUUGUCAUACUUCUCUUUUUCUGCAGAUACCAACUUUUGAUCGGCGGAUUAGCCUUCAGUCGUAUGCAAUGAAAUGGACGGAUAUGAUCGGCUCGGCUGGUGCUUACUUCUCUUUCGUUCAGCUGCUGAGCUGGAUUUUGUCUGGUGCAGCUUUCACGACGUAGUACACUAAAUGUUCUAGCCCCGGACAGAUUGGAUACCCUUCUAGACUAUUUGUCUACCUCUGUGCUUUAAAACUAUAUAGAUAAUAGAUUUGGUCCCUACCUUG